AGCUAUCAAGGCUGGCUGGGGACUGAAGCGCCUCCCUCCAGCUGGCCAUCCCUGCGCCUGGACGCUGCACGCAAUCCCACCCGGCAGAUUCACCACGAUCGAGCUGUCAUGAUGGCCGCCUUCAUUCUGUCUGCCCUCCCUGCGGCGCCGCCCUCCCCGGGCCCGUGCGAUAUCUACGCCUCCGCGGGCACGCCCUGCGUCGCGGCGCACUCGAUGACGCGCUCGCUCUUUGCAAACUACAGCGGCCCUCUCUACCUCGUGCAGCGAUCCUCCGAUCUGGCGUCCGACGUGGUGGUGGUCAAGGAGGGGCUUGCAGCGGUGGCCUCGCAGGAUGCCUUCUGCGCUGGCACCAACUGCACGGUCACGCGAAUCUUCGACCAGACCGAGCGCGGCAACCACCUCAACCGCGCGCCGUGGGGUGGCGCCAGCAAGCACUCGGAGAGGGGCGUCAACGCCGCGCGCCACAAGCUGUCCGUCGGCGGCCGCACGGUGUACGGCGCCUACUUUGAGGGUGGCAUGGGCUACCGCUGCGACUCGACCUGGGGCGUCGCCACCGGGAACGAGCCCGAGACAAUGUACAUGGUAACGGCGGGCCGCCAUUACAACGGAGGCUGCUGCUUCGACUAUGGCAACGCCGAGAUCGACGCGCUCGACCACGGCAAGGGUACGAUGGAGGCGAUCUACUGGGGCGACUCGAAGGGCUGGAGCCGCGGGGCGGGCGACGGCCCGUGGGUGAUGGCCGACAUCGAGAAUGGUCUGUGGGCGGGCAAGGACAAGGUGGAGGCGUCAAACACGCCCAUCACAGGCGCCGAGUUUGUGACGGCGAUGGUCAAAGGCGGCAGCAACGGCUUCGCCCUGCUCGGCGGCGACGCGACGCGCUCGGACGGCCUCAAGAAGCUGUACGAGGGCCCCCGCCCGCCAAAGUACCAGCCGAUGAAGAAGCAGGGCGCCAUCAUCCUCGGAAUAGGAGGCGACAGCAGCGACUGGGCGGUCGGAACAUUCUACGAGGGCGUCGUGACGGCAGGGUACGCGUCGGACGCGACCGACAAGGCGGUGCACGCCAACAUCGUCGCGGCGGGCUACGGCCGGUAGAGCUAGCAGCUACACACUCCGGGGGGGCUCCGAGGCACACAGCGGGACCGGCAGCGCUCUCCAUGUCUACACUCGUUUAAGAUCGUGUCGUAUUGCACUAGGGUAUGAUCGACUACAGAACUCACGUAACGUACG